AUGCACCUGCUCAGUGACUCCGUGCACGGCGAGCCCGGAGUGGGGGAGGCGGCCAACCCCAACCCGAUACUGAUACUGACAAAGGGGGGAGCCAGCGGCGGCGGCGGUGGCGGUGGCGAUGGCACCCAGAGGCAGACGGAGGCCACCGCGGGUGGCCGAGUCCGGCCGUACGGCCGAUUCGGUGGCGAGCAGGACGAAGAAGAACUAGAGGAGGACGAGGAGGAGCAGGUGGAGGAGGAGGAGGAUGACGGGGAGGAGGAAGAGAGCACCGAACCGGGGACGCCAACGCGCUUCUGGUUCGCCGCUGCCGUCGACGGCACGGCCGGCCCACCGAAUCCGUGUGGGUCCGCCAUCUUGGACGCACUGCGGUCGAUGGACGAUGGCCGGGGGCCGGUGCGGCGCAGCCCCGACGACAGCGACCUGUUCCUCGCCGUACAUCACGACGUCUACGACACGCAGGCGGGCCUGGUGCCGGGUAUCGUCUACAGGGUCGAGCUGUGGCAUUCGCCCGGGGGCUCGGAUAUUCGCGACCUGUACGUGGAGACGGUGGCGGGCCCUGCCGGCCGACCACUCAGUGACACGUCCGCCACCGGUCGCUUCGAGGUCGCCGGUUCGCCGCCGCCCUCGAGGGCAAGCGACGAAGUAGGGCCAGCGGCGGCUAGGGGGCCGCUAGGCGAUGUGGAUCUCACCGGCAUCCACCGCAGCACGUGGAUCGACCACAUGGAGCUGGACUGGUUGCAGCACGCCAUGGCGGCCACCGGCCACGGCGGGCGACCUCUGAUCUUCGGCGAACCGGACGACGGGGACGGGGAUGAGGGCGAGGACGACGAGUCGGGAGACCUGGAGAACUCCAUCGAGUUAGACAGAGACGGCUCCGGCCAGCGCCGGGGCGGGCGUAGGCGUCGGCGCCGGCGGUAUACACCGCCGCCGGCGCCACCGCCACCCAUGCCACGGACAUGUCCGGAGAACGUGUGGCGGCUGGAGGACUCAGUGCUCGGGGACGCAGAGCGGCUGGCCGCGAACUGGUCCGUCGCGCGGGAAGCCAACGCGGUCGCCAGCAAUUGGAGCAGCGAGGCCCCGGCGAAACUGGCGACCGCCACGGGGGACGACCGUCUGCUGUACUUCAGGUACUACUCCCGAGGCUCCACGCAGGGCUUGAUCUAAAGCGCCUCCUUUGCUUUUUGCCUCUCUUCUUGUAGGUUACUUUAUCGCACCCUCACCAGCUACGCGGUGUACGAGGUCAUCUACACGAUGGUGCUCCUGAAAGAGUGCCAGCUGGUGCUGAAGCAGUCAGCGGGGCUACUCUCUUCGAGCCGUGUGCCUCCCGGUUACCGGGACUGUCAGGUGAUGUUUCCGGCGCCGCCAUCGACUCCGGCGGCGGCGACGGCGGCAGACGAGCUACCGGGGCUGGUGGUGCAGCUGACGCGCCUAAACACGCCGUGCCGGAGCGGUGGCUACCUGCGGUUCCUGCCCGGGUCGCCGCUGGCGAGCACCGACGAGCUCCCUCCGGGCGCCCUAUCGCUGUGCGGCAAGCUGGAGGAGCUGCCGGCCGACGAGCGCUCGUUUCACUUCCGGGCCCACCGCAACACGACGGUGCGUCUCCACCAGCAGCCUGCGUUCGCGCUGCACUACCGGCUCGUCGACUACUGCUACAACGUGACGCUGCGUGAUCGGGACGCUAGCGUGCGGUUGCGGCCGACCGGGCCCGGGACAGGGGUCGGGACCGUCCUCGACUGUCACUUCCGAGUGCACCUUCCGUUCGGCUACCGGAUCGCGCUCCAGCUGCUGGCCAACGGUCAGCCCGGCCAGCCGCCUGGACCGACCACCAACGAAAGUGUCGUGGCGAGCGAACCGAUUCUGCUCGGAACGACGACAGACAAGGGCGGGGGCAGGGGCGCCGACGAGGUGAUCGCCGGUGGCCUGCUGGUGGAUCUGUACGAUGGCGAGGGCCGGUGGCGGCGCUGCUUCAAUGCGUCGGCUUCGCCCACUCGCUACACGCUGCUCUCCAGGACCAACCAGCUGGUGGUGAAGGUACGGAUGUACGGUGGUGGCGGUGGCGGUGGCGGCGUCGCGAGGACCCCGUCGCUACUGCUCGAGUACUGGGCGGCUCCGGUCGAAGCGAUUACCUCGCGCUGUGCGUUCGGCUGGGUCGCGACGGCGCAGCUCUGCAUCGCGGCGAUCGAGCGGCGGCUACCGUGGCACGGGGCCGAGCUCGAGUGCAACCGGCUCGGUGGCCAUCUUGUGUCGAUUCGGUCCACCGACGACCAGCAGCUCAUCGAUCAGGUGCUGCUCAACAGCCCCGGCUACCGGGACAACGCGGCGUACUGGAUCGGGGCGAGUGACGUGAUAGCGGAAGGUACCUUCCGCUGGAACGACAAGUUCCCGUUCACCUACACCAAUUGGUUCCCGGGCUGGGCACACCAUGAGCACUACAACCGACAGCCGAACGAUGAUGGGCUGAGCGGGCAGGACUGCAUCGAGGUACGGCGCCACUUCCAGGCGAUGGCCGGCAGCAGCAGCCCGAUGGCUGGUGGGGGCCGCGGGAGUCCAACGCUGACCGCGUCGUACAUGUGGAACGACCGGAACUGCGAUGCGCCCAACUACUUCCUGUGCGAGCGCCUGCUCGACCAAGAGCCGGCCGAACGGCCGUGGAACGAGGCGGAAUGUAACGGGACCAUCACGCUGAACGUCGAACGACCGAAGGCGACCGUCUGGAGCCCCGGGUUCCCGCAGCUCUACCCGGACAGCGUUGACUGCUACACGGUCAUCGUCGCCCCGCCCGGGUACCGGGUCGUGCUGGACUUCGAAGAGAUGGUGCUGGAACACGAACCACUCUGCUCCUACGACUACCUGCAGCUGGUGGAACCGGACAACACCGGCGGGCCGUACGUGCCUUCCAAGUCCGCGAAGUACUUCGCCGGUGACGUGCUGUUCCGGUCCCGCAACUCACGCCACAGCACCAGCCGGUACGGUGACGGCCGGACAGCGGCCGGACACCCGAGGCGGACCAAGGUGGGUCCACCGACGCUGGCUACACCGAGUGGCGGUGAACUCCACUUCAACCUGCCGAACCUGGUGCUCCAGCCGAACGACUCGCGAUACACGGGCAGCGGGCCGCUGCCGGCGCCGGACCUGGCGCUUGGCGCCGUACCGCGCAAGAUGUGCGGUGACUGGAGCGCGAAGCUUAAGCUGCUACGCUACGUCACGCGCGGCCCGACCAUCGGCAUCCGGUUCGUGUCCGACUACUCGAACAACUUCGGCGGCUACAAGGCGAAGGUCUCGAUGGAAAACGGAAGACCGAGGGCACAUGUGACAUCGGAGUGCCAGGAUGAGCGUAUCAAGGCGUACAACAAUUCGUGCUACCUGGUCAUCUCCUACCCGGAGGUCGACUGGACGACCGCGCAGCAAAUCUGCCGAGGGAUUGGCGCGAAACUAGCCUCCAUUUCGACCACGGACGAGCAGAGGUUCAUCACCGCGAACAUUCGCAACAGUCCCGACUACACGCCCCGGUCACUGUACUGGGUGGGCGGCGAGAUAUCGGCCAGCGGCGACCUGGAGUGGACCGAUGGUGUGAAGCUCAGGUUCGAGGGAUGGCUGCCAGGCCAGCGGCCGGAGAGCGGCGACGGUCUGCCGAAGAGUCCCGCCUGCCUGGGGCUCCAGUGGAAGGUGUCGCCCACGCCCAUGAUCUCGUCCGGGCUGCACUGGACGGCCCAGCGGUGCAGCCUGAUCGGUGGCUACGUCUGCAAGAAGCCACGGCCGACGCUCGAGGAGAAGACGGCCCGCAACCGGACGCAGUCGGGCACGGAGGGCCGCCUGCUGUCACCCGGGUACCCCAACCCCUACCCCGCCCACACCGACUACUGGGUGCGGCUGGUGGCGCCCGAGCACAGCCGCAUCAUCAUCCAGUUCCAGCGGCUGGACCUCGAGUAUCAGGACGACUGUCUGUACGACUACAUCAGCAUCCAGAGCAGCGCACCGUCGGCCUCAUCGCCUUCGCAGACGACGGCGACGGCGGUGGCGAAACCUGUCGAGCUUGAGUUCUUCUCGAGUUCGGGCCGGUCACGCCCCAUACGCUACGUCGGCUGGUCCGGGUCGCCGGAUGACGUCACGGGCAAUACGCUGCCGGGACCGGAUAGCGGCGACCCGAGGGGAGCUGGCGACGAGGUGGUCCACCCAUCGUUCCUGCCGUACGUACGGUGGUGCGGUACCCACGAUAGCGGUAUGUCCCGGUUCAACUUCAUCUCGAGCGCCAACGAGGCCCUGAUCCGGUUCCACUCGGACUUCUCCGUCACCGGGGCAGGCUUCUCGGCCACCUGGAGUACGGUCGACGUGUCCGGGUGUCCGCUGCAGACGAUCACCUCGAAGGAGGGCUCCAUCCGCAGCCCCAACUAUCCGCACUUUCUGCUGGACAGCGUCGACUGCACGUACGUCAUCCAGGCACCGUACGGGCGGCGCGUGUGGCUCGAGUUUCUGUACGCCGAGCUGCUGCAGGAUGCGUCCCUGCUGAUCGAUAUCGCGAACGGGCCGUUCGAGCCGUUCACUGAGCACGCCACCGAGACGGGGCACCAGCACCUGAACGACGGUGUGUUCGUCAGCAACGGCGAGCGGUUGGUGGUGCGCCUCCGCACUGGCGCCGUUCCUCGUGGCAAAGGCUUCUACGCCACCUUCAAGACACUGGCGGCCGUGAACGAGCAGCGCUUCUUAAGCUUCACGAAUCGGACCAGCGGCACAAUGCACUCGCUCAACUACCCUCAGCCGAUACCGCUCGACGUUGACUACACGCAGCACCUGAUCGCCCCGUUCGGCACGGUCAUACUGCUCGAGCUAUACGGUGUCGGCUUCAGUCAGCACGGAUGCCGCGACACGGGCUUCAUUGAGAUCUACGACAACUACACCGACAGCAACGGUACGCUGUGGCACCUGUGCGAGCUGCGUGCGAGGAACCCGGAGCUACGGGAGCCGGUGGUCAAGGCGGCACCCAUCUACAUCACCUCCUACCUGAACACGAUCCACAUCCGGCAGCACAACGUGAACGGCACCGGCAUCCGGCUGAACGCGACCGUCCGCCUGCAGGAGGACGCGGGCUACAAGAUGAAGCUGAUCGCCAACGAGGACGAGUGGGUCGAGGGCUGCCGGCCGAACCCGUGCCAGCACGGUGGCAAGUGCGUCACGGGCCACCAGCAGCAUCAGCGGCGAGGCGCCUGCGAGUGCUUCGGCCACUUCACCGGGCGCUUCUGCGGGCUCAACAUCUGCGAGCUGGAGCCGUGCCUGUUCGGCAAGUGCGAGCUAACCGCGUCGAGCUUCAAGUGCAACUGCCAGCCGGGCUAUCUCGGGCAGCGGUGUGACCAGAAGCAGAAGCCGUGCGCGGAGAACCCGUGCGAGAGCCGGGGCGAGUGCUUCGAGAAGAACGGCGGCUACUACUGCCGCUGCCACGCCUGGUGGGAGGGCCCCCGGUGCGAACGGCGCAUGAUGCACAUCCCGUACAAGCCACUGUCGGAGCGCAUGCUGCAGGAACCGUUCUGGCUCGGUCUCAUCACCGUGUUCGUCGUGCUGGCCGUCAUCGGGCUGGUCUGGUGCGCCAAGCGCCACUUCCCGGAGAAGAUCGAGAAGCUGCUGGCCGACGAAACGCAACGCAAUCGACCCACUUUCCCGCCUCACCACCUGAAUACGGCGCUGCGCGAACAGCUGCAGGCGUCCGCCGGGACCGUCUGCUCGUCGAACGCGACUACGCCCGCCUCGCACCGGACCAUCUUCGGACGAUUGGGUAUAAGAAAACCAUCCAUAUUGAGUCUCAGCAGCCCACAGCCAGUUGGAGGGGCUACCGCUAGAACAUUUUCUUUAGAUGAUCUCUUACGGCCCCCUCCUCGACGGACGCCCUCGCCAAGGAAGAAGCGCAACAACUCCACGCCGACGAAGAAGAACGUUAACGAGAAGAAGCAGAUCCUGCAGCAGCUCGUGUCACCGGCCCAGAACGCAGCUACCAAACAAGUCAGCCUGGGUGAACUGAUACAGAUGUCCGAGAACCGGCUGAAGGCCGGUAGCUACGGCGCCGACCCGGAACCGGGCCUGACGGAGACGACGUUCUCGGAGAACUCGCUGUCGGUCGCGUCGAUGGUGCGCCAAAUCUCGGACCCGAAGCUGGAGAAGAAGGUCACGUUUGCCCGGCUGCUCAGCAAGGUGUCCGCCGAGAUGAGCUCCGGCUCGGAGGUCCUGGCGAAUGGGACGAAGCAUUCUAGUGCACUAAGUCUUCCGAACGAGGUACCGCAGCGGGCGAACUCGGUGCCACCGUCACCAUGCACGAACGAGGUACGCUCGCCGCACAGCACCUCGUCGAACCAGGGCAGCGAUUCGCUGUCCAGCUCGGACCUCGUCCUGCACGACUUCGGGCUGCGCCGGGUACGCCCCAAGGUCUCGAGCGCCGACUCCAUACUGGCGAUGUUCAAGAACUUUGCCGCGUCCAGCUCGGCGAUCGGGGCGCUCCAGUCGUCGAUCGUUAUCUCGCCGUCGUCCACACCGCCGACGGCGUCCAGCCCGCAGGACGAUGCGCCGGGCGAUGACGACUCGUCCACCUCGUCCAACCAGACCCCCGUCAGCUACUCGAGCGGUGGCGGCUGCGGCGUCGGCGGCAUCGAUGUCGGUGGUGGGGGAGCUUCCGACUCGCCCGUGUUUUACCGCCAGAGCACCAUCGAGGUACCGGUCCUGGAUGCGCUCAGUGCGCACAAGUCGGCCGGAGCGGUGGGCUCCAGCGGGGUACCGGCUGCCGCCGCCGCCGCCGCCGCCGCCGCCCAGCUGCAUCCGCCAUCCAUACUGCUCGAGAUACCGAGCAACGGGAUCAACAACAAGUGUCUGUCGCCGAUCCGCGAAAUGCCGACACCGAUACCGUCGCCCGCACUGACGCCCAUCAUGCCACGCCCAUACCGGAUGCGAACGCCUCAGUCGAUCCACGACGAGUCAAUGUCUGUGACGUUCGACGGCAGCUACGGCGACUACCAUAAGCGUCAUCAGAUUUCGAUCGAAAUUCAACAACCCGACGAUCGGGACCACGUGGACUACUCGUCGGCGCUGCAGUGCAGUGACUCCGCCGCACCCACCAGCACCAGCCACAGUGCUGCCGUACCGACGGUGGUGUGCAUCGACGUCCACCCGCCGACGCCCGAUCGACGGAACCGCACGGAGCGGCCACGCGACCUGAUCAUCCCGGACCUCAUCAUCCAGCAGCCGAGCCCGACGAGGGAGCGCACCAACGUGGUCCUCAUUCCCGGGUCGCCGCCUCCGCAGCGAUCCACUGCACAGGACUCGGUGUUCGAUGCCGACCCGAUGAUGAGCCCGCCCACCAUUAUGCUGAGCCCGGCGGGGACCUCACCGGGUCAGCAUCAGCAGCAGCGGCGAUUUCUAAAGCAAUGGGAGAAGCCCACGUCCCUCGACCUGCCGUUCGACCCGCCGAUGAUUACGAUCACGUCCAACAGCAGCGAGGUGCUUGGGUCGGACGCCGAGGUACCGUCGCCGGCGCUGCAAGGCGGCAGCGGCACGGGCCGCAAGUCGGGCACCGGCGGUCUGCUGGCGGCGGCUGCCCCAGGCACCUCGGUCGGUAUGUGCUACCUGAGCCCGUUCUCCAUGGCCGGCAUUCGGGGCGAUCGGGCGCCCUCCGAGAGUAACCUCAGCUCGUCCGGCUACUCUAGCAUGGCCAGUCCCGGGCCGAGCCGAUGCGGCUCGAACAAUCCGCUCUUCUCGGCCGAGUCCGACGAUCCGGGAUCAGGUCCGUCCGGAUCGAGCUACUCCGGGUUCCACGCGCUCUUCAGCACCCGCCGGCAGGCGUCGGCCCAGAAGCGAAAGGAGGGUACCGGGCUGGCCGGUGGCUCCGGACCGAGCGGUAGCUCGGCCGCUUCGGCCGCCAACUACCCCAACCAGCCGUUCCGGCUGCGCUCCGACUCCGAGACGCUGUCGGACGAGCCGUUGUUCGAGUCGAACGACGAGGGCAUCGGGACGGACCACCUGGACGAGAAGAUCGAGGAGGGCGAAAUCUGCAGCGCCAAAGAGCUGGAGCUCUACCUCGGCAAGGAGCUUAUCCAGACCGGGCAGGACAUCCUGGGGCAGGAGAACCCGGCCAUGGCCCAGCUGCAGCUGCCCUCGAUCGUCAUCCAGUCGGAGAACGGGUGCGACAAGCUGUCACCCGUCUCGUCGCGCUCGGAGAGUCCACUGAGCGAACGUAACUCCACCAUGGAACGGUUCUCGCCCAUGUUUUACGGCAAAAAGGACCAGCAGCUCCCGUUCACCGACUCCGACGGGCUGUACGACUUCCCGUCGUCCGACGGGCGCGGCCCGGGCACCGCGCAAGUGACCACCACCCACCGGAAGUGUGUCGGGCGCAGAAAGGAUCGGCGCAUCGGGCGCCCCUCCGCCUGCGCUCUACUGUCGCCGUCCAAGUCGACGUCGCUGCUGCUGGAGGUACCGCACACCGAGAGCAAGGAGAACGUGACCACGCUCCACCUCGGCUAUGGCGGCGUCACCAAGUUCCCGUCGUGCGCUUCCGUCGCGCCGGCCCGCAAAAGCCCGAAACGGCGCAGCCAACAGCGCAAUCAAAUCAUCGCCAGCAGCUCCUCGUCGACCGAGUCGCUCACCUCCACGCGCGAGUACAUGCUGCGCCCGACGAAAGGUAAGCGUGUCUCCAACGCGGUAUCUGGUCCGAGUAGCGUCGCGUUGGCCACCUAUCAUCCGGGACACAUGGGCGGCUCCGGCGACGAUACGGACGAGGACAUAUCUAGCCAGAUACUGCCAAAGGCUGCCGCGGAAGAAGUGCUCAACAAGCCGGUCCACAAAAUUAGGCACCUGAAGGCGAUCGGGAAUCAAAUACGGUUUCUGCGUCGCCUGGAGCGCUCGAUCCACCGAAGGGAGCACACCCAGCCGCAGCCGUCAGACGAGGUGAAUUGCUGCCACGACGCGAACGAUUCACCCCAAACGUCAACGCCGCUGAUCAAGUUCAAGCAGUCGCAAAUUGAAGAAGAGGAGGAACCGGACGAGGACGAGAGGCAGCAUCCGAACAGCGGUUACUGCGUUGUUGGCGUACCGAAUAAGCUCUGCUUCACGUCGUCGGUCAGCAGCACGAUGGCCCACCAAACGGUAGCCAAUUCGAGACAGCACUGUAAGAUCUCUCGCCAACGGCGCGUUCCGAGUCACGAUUGUCACCCCAUCAAACCGUGGUCCGAAGCCGAACGGAAGCUGCUGGAGAACGACGUGAACAGCGACUAG